UGUUGAAGGGAAUGGGAAAUGAAGCAUACAAGCAGGGAAGGUUUGAAGAGGCUCUGAGCUUGUAUGACAGAGCAAUUGCUAUUGACUCCAACAAGGCUACAUAUCAUUGUAAUAAGAGUGCAGCUUUGAUCGCAUUGGGACGACUUCUUGAAGCAAUCAUAGAGUGUGAGGAAGCUAUCAAGUUAGACCUUUCUUAUGGCAGAGCUCACAACCGUUUGGCAACAAUAUAUUUCAGGCUUGGAGAAGCAGAAAAGGCACUAACUUGUAAUCAGGCAGCUUCAGAUGAUGAUUCGUUUCUUGCUUUUCAAGCUUAGGCUCUUGAAGACCACCUUAACAAAUGCACUGAAGCUAGGAAAGUCAAAGAUUGGAAAACUAUGAUAAAGG